AUGCUAGCUGGCCAAAUUCUCAAGUAUUGCUUUGACAAAGCUGAUCAAGUACUUGCUGCGCAAGCUCCAUGUAUUUACAAGUUCGGGUAUACACAUUGUGCCCAUUUUCGAUGGCACAAUACAACGUUUGGAUACAAAUGUGCCCCCGACAAAUGGGAGAAGCUGCUUGUGAUCUACGCAGCCUCGGAAACCAUUUCACCUGCUUAUGUGGAAGGAGCACUUAUCCAACGCUUCAAGGGAGCUUCUGGUUGCAGGAACAUCCGUGAUGGAGGGGAGACGAUCCAGUCUCACUUGGACGGCCCCUAUCUUGUCUACUUGGUGUGGAGGUCUUUCAAGAGACCACCACAAUGA